AUGGCUGGACGUUAUGAGCGGGUAAACGCCCAAGACGAGGACGACUUCAAUAGCCCCAACUCGGCACCGCCAAGUCACGCGCAACCAGUGCCAAACUCUCCGCCGCCAUCAUUUCACUCGAGAGCUUCAUCGCGCGAUCGCGCGGCACACGGAGUCGACUCGACGCUCGCCGACGCAUUCGAUACCGACGGCGACGACAGCGAUGACGACGCCGACGAUAGGCAAAGAUUAGUCCGCGCCGACUCCACCUUGACCUCCCGCGGCCCAUCACGCAACCCGUCCUCCGAGUCAAGACCCCAGCCCGACCGGCAGGUCACCCAGCUUCCUCCUACCACCGCGACGGCGGCAGGCGGACCUACGACGCCGUUUCGUAUCUACGGCAGCGGUAUUCAAAAUGAGGGCGUCUUUUCCAACUUGACAGCGAAGCCCGAGCGGGGAGGCGAGACGAAGGAGGAGCAACCUCCGACCUACGAGCAAGCCGCUGCUGACGCGGCGCCUCCAUACUGGGAGACGACCAUCCUGGCCCCAGGCCUCGGCGGACCCGACGAAGUCUAUAUUGAUGGGAUGCCAGUCGGAUCUCUCUUUAGUUUUGUCUGGAAUGGCAUGAUUUCCAUGUCCUUCCAGGUUGUCGGUUUCAUCCUCACAUACCUCCUUCACUCGACUCACGCAGCCAAGAACGGGUCCCGCGCCGGCCUGGGCAUUACGUUGAUUCAGUACGGGUUUUACAUGAAGGGCACGACAGAGGGCGACCACCCACCCAAGAUGAACGGUCAAGACGGAUACGCGGCACCGCCAGAUCCAAACUCGCACAAUUUCGACCCCAACGCGGUAACCGGCGAGGGCGGCGGCGGCGUGUCGGACAUUACCGGGCAAGAGUGGAUCGCGUACAUUUUGAUGGUUGUCGGAUGGUUCAUCCUCAUCAGGUCCGUCAGCGACUACUUAAAGGCACGGCGCCAUGAGCAGCUCGUUCUGCAAAGCCCCGACCGUGGGCUGCCUGUGCCCAUUAUUGCAGAUGGCGAGUCGUCCGAGAGAGUGGUAUAG